AUGCAAGGCUCCCGCACAGAUCAAGGCUUUCAGCUUGGUGUCGACGUUGGUGGCACAUUCACAGACAUUUACGUGUUUACCCCGCGUGGCAAAACAGUUCGUGCCAAAGUCCCAACCACCAUCCCGGAUCAAAGCAUCGGCAUCCAACGUGGUAUUGCAAAAGCACGCCAAUUGCUUAAAGACCAGUUUGGCUGGUCGGGCGCUUUCCAGUUUAUCCAUCAUGGUACCACGACGGCCACCAAUGCUGUGCUUGAAGGUAAAGGUGCCCGUACGGCGCUGGUCGUCACCUCUGGUCACAAGGAUAUACUAGCAUUACGUCGCUCCCAAAUCCCCGGGGGAUUGGGAGCAUGGCUGCAUUGGACAUCGCCAGAUCCCAUUGUGCCUCUCGAGCGCGUCGUGCAGUGUAAAGAACGGAUGUCAGUGCAUGGCGAGACAGUCAGGGCUGUCGAUGUCGAGGAUCUGCGACACAGCUUGCGGGAACUGUCCCGGCAAAAGCCAGAGGCAAUUGCUAUUUCGCUUCUGAACUCGCAUAGCAAUGAUUCUCAUGAGCGUGCAGUCGAGCAAGUAGUUCGCGAAGAGCUUGGUAAUGAUGUUGCCAUCAUUUGCUCGGCUGACGUGUUGCGUGAGGUUGGUGAGUACGAGCGGACAGUCACAACGUGCACAAACACACUGGUCAAACCGGUCGUCCAGAAAUAUCUACAGAAUUUGUCUGAGGUUCUUGCUGCAGAAAGCGAGACCAUUCGCGUUCUCAAGAGCGAUGGUGGUCUGACCAGUCUAACACUCGCUUCUGAGUUGCCGGUCAACAUUCUCAUGUCUGGCCCUGCCGGUGGCGUCAAGGGGGUCGCUGAUGUCGUGACUCGCAGCACCCCAUACAAGAACCUGAUCACGCUGGAUAUGGGAGGAACUUCGACAGAUUGCGCGGUAAUUUAUAAUGGGCAGCCCCAGUUACGGCGCGAAACUGUCGUGGGUAGCCUGUCUGUUCGCGCGCCGGCAAUCGAUAUUAAGACCGUCGGAGCGGGAGGAGGUUCCAUCACGACAUAUAUGGAACUCACGGAGACCUUACGCGUAGGUCCUGAGAGCGCAGGUGCGACGCCCGGUCCAGCAUGCUAUGGAAAAGGCGGAAGGCAAGCGACGAUCACCGAUGCAAAUUUAGUCCUCGGUUAUCUACCCAAGACAUUGCUAGGUGGUGAAUUUGCACUCGAUAUUCAAGCUGCUGUGACGGCAGUUGAACAUAUUGCAAAGCAGAUGAAGCUCCCUGUCAUUCAGACAGCUGAAGAUAUAAUCACAAUGAUCAAUGAAACAAUGUACGGAGCACUGCGUCUUGUCUCUGUGGAGCAGGGUUAUGAUCCUCGCGAAUUUGCCUUGGUUGCCUUUGGCGGUGCCGGCCCUCUGCAUGCUAACGCUGUGGGUGAGCUACUUGGAGCAUGGCCUGUGAUUAUCCCACCUUCCCCUGGGAUUCUGUGUGCACAGGGUGAUGUGACUACCAAGCUCCGACAUGAACAAUCAGCUACCUUCAUUCGUGUUGUCUCCACGACCACUGUCGCCGAGGCUCGAGAGCAGUACAAUGUGCUGGAACGUGAAUGUCAUGAAACUUUGCAGAGAACAUCGGGAUCUUCAUGGCCCGUGACUUGGAAGGCAACACACCAUGCAGACCUGCGCUACAAGGGGCAAGCUUUGACGAUCACGAUUGAGCUUGGAGCAGAGCAUCUAUGUCUGAGUACGGAAGAAUGGCAUGGUAUCUUGCGGCAAAGGUUCGAGAAACAGCACAAAAAAAUGUUCACCUAUUGCUUGCCAGACUUUGAACUCGAGUUGAUGAGACUGGGAGUCGUGUUGGAAGACGCCUCCCCGAAUAUUCCUACCCCCAAAAUCGAAAAAGUAACUUUCAAUAGCAGUCCAUCUUUGAAUGCAAAGAUUGGAGAACAGACAAUCAUCUUGCAAGGUAAAGAGCAGCGAGCAAGCUUGUGGGACCGUCAAAAGAUUACCAAACAAGGAAUCCAAGUGACAGGGCCCUGCAUUAUCUCUGAGAUGGACAGCAAUACACUCAUUUUGCCAGGAUAUUAUGGUGAGAUUGACGACAUCGGGAAUAUCUUGAUCAAUCCACUUGAAACAAAGCCUCAAGCUACUAUCACCCACACUCGUGAAUCAGCCAAUGACCUUGUCAAAAACACGCCUUUGAUCCCGACAUUGAUAUCCUCGACUCUGGCUUCUAUUCGUGGAGAGAUGGAUACAAUGAUGGUACGAUGCAGCAUGUCACCAGCUAUCAGAGAGCAGCAGGACGAAUUCAAUGUAAUUACGGAUUCCAACGGGAAAAUGCUAGUGGGUCAAUUUGGAAGUUUCAUCACCCAAUUCCUCGAUGUUUGGGAUGGUACCAUCGAAGAAGGCGAUGUGUUUAUUACCAACGAUACCUAUCAAGUGCAGGGUGCUAUCAGCCAUCUCAAUGAUAUCAUUGCAUUCUUGCCCAUAUUUCACGACGGUCACAUCAUCGGCUACGCCUCCCAAUUUGGUCACUUGACAGAUGUGGGAGGCAUCGUCCCUGGAAGCAUGUCAAUUAAUGCCACCUCGGUCUUCGAUGAUGGCGUACAGAUCCCCUGCAUAAAACUGUACACGCGUGGCGUGAUGAACUCUGAUUUGGUAGACCUUCUAUGUCGCAACUCUCGCCAGCCCGCAUGGUAUCGGUCUGAUUUGACUGCCAUUGUAGCAUCAUGCUCGAUGGCGGCUACAAGAGUUCGCGAGUUGGCCACCCGCUUUGGCAGUGAGGUAUACCUAGCCGCAUGUUCGGAAUUGCUAUGUCGGAACCGCAAUGGGUUUUCGAAGAUUAUCGAGCGCCAGUUCGAUGACCUGGAAAGCAAAUUUACAGACUUCGUCGAUGACGAUGGCCAUGGCGUGGGGCCCUGGGCACUCACUUGUUCAAUGAAAAAAGUGGACGAGAAUCGACUCCGAUUUGAUUGGAGUGGCACUUCCCCUCAGAGCGAACAUAGUAUCAAUUUCUAUCUUUCGGAAACAAUGUUCAGGAUGUUCAUCGGAUACUAUCUCAUUGCAGCUGCUGCCCCGGGCACAGUUAUCAACGACGGGUUCCAUGAUCUCAUUGACGUCCAUAUCCCUGAAGGAACUGUGCUCAAACCAGUUCGCCCUGCACCUAUCUCAUGUCGAACCCAUCUCAUGGGACGGACAUUGGACAUCGUGCAGGCUCUGAUCGGCCAGAAGAAUGACUCCUAUCAAGCUGCCGCUGGCUUCAGUGACUCCCCUCACUUCUUUUAUUCCGGUUUCAAGCCUGACGGCGAGUGGUAUCAGCUUUACCAGAUUGGCUUCGGUGGUGUACCCGCACGUCAAGCCGGCGAUGGUCCUGAUUGUCACUGUCUUUUCCCUGCCAUCAAAUCCAUUCCAACGGAAAUUAUCGAGCUAAACUACCCACUGCGCAUUGAAGCUAACGAGAGUGUUGCCGACAGUGGUGGACCCGGGUUCUACCGUGGUGUCAAUGCUCAACGUACUUUAUAUCGUUUCUUAGCUCGUGGAGAGUUCAGCCUUCAUGAUGACCGGUGGUUCACGAAGCCAUGGGGACUGAAGGGUGGUAAGCCAGGCCAACGAUCUCGGAAGAUACUAUACCGGUACUCGCAGUCUGAAGAGAGUCCCCCGACAAGGAUUUUACCCUCCAAAUGCGAUCAUAUUCGUGUUGAUCCGGGUGAUCUUCUCGAGUGGAUUACAUGGGGUGGGGGUGGACUAGGUGAUCCGUUGACCCGCCCAGCUGAGAAGGUUGCCCUAGAGGUACACAGAAAGCUUGUCACCAUGGAGGGGGCUCGUUCGGGAUAUGGCGUUGUUGUCAACGCGGAUUUCAUGGUGAACGAGCCGGAGACUGAGGCUCUCCGGGCACAAAUGCAGAUGGAGCGUAGUCUGCUUAAGGAAUCUUCGAUAUAUGAUCGCGGGGGAAGCAUUGAAAGGUUGCAGGAAACAUGUCUGCAGGAGACUGGACUCGAAGCCCCGCUUCCUCAAUGGGAAACUGAGCUCUAUGGCCCCCACGCCGGACUGCCUUACGUGAAAGACUGGUUCUCUAGCAUGAAGGUACGCAAAGGAUGGCAGCUGAGCUGA